AUUGGCAUACUGUUUUAUUCUCUCAGUGCUAAAGCAUUGGUUCGUUUGAAGCCUUGGUUUAUUUCAGUGCUUGAUUACAUGCGAAAAGAAAAAAAGCAGCUUCUUUUCCCGCUGAAUUUAGCUUAAUUCGUAAAUUGCGCAGCCAAUCAGAUUGCGUUAUUGAAGGCCUGAAGAAAUCGAUGUGUUUACUAUAAUCCCACAUCUACAUUGCUUUUAAAAUGAAAUGUAUUUUGCGCGUGUCACUUGUGGCCAAGUUUUUGUUCUCGAAAAGUUAUUAAAUCUCACUUCUGCAAAUAAAUGUGUAUUAACAUAAGGAAACAAUUAUCAAAAAUUUGGUACUUUUUUAUAUUUUUUUAUUUCUUUUGCGGACCAGGUAUUUACAAACAAUUUAGCUGUAGCUCCGUGGGAUAAAUUUUAUUGACUUUGGCCCAAAUCUUUACAUGCGAACGUCGGUAAGACUGAGCAUACGUGCAUGUGAAUGGAGCUUUAAUGUAUAAAAUUUUGAAUGAUUAUUUUCGGCGAAUUUAAAUGUAAAUGUGUUUUGAAUGACGCAAAGUGAUUUUUUUUUCUCAGUUUUUUCGUUCCUUCCGCAUGGAGUCGUCACAGGAAGUUUUGUUAAAGAUUUUGAAGAAUUCCGGGCGCGUAGUUUUCGUAAUAUUAGCUUUCGGCAGUUUAUCCGCCAAUUCGGAACGGGAAAUUUUAUAAGCCAAGCAAAUUACAGAACUCUUUGAUACUCAAAAGACGAAAAAAAGCUGCGUUCGAGGUUGUUAAAAAAAUCUGUUUGUUAGCUAUCAAAUAUGUAACUUUCAUUGUACGGUUUGUGUGUUAAUUACAUUGCACUGAAUACAAACUUGUCGACCAAUGAAUGAAGAGACGUCCACAUUCGAAUUCACUGAAGCGUGUAAGUUAUUUAUUUUUUAAACUCUUUGAAUGGCGCUUUUAUACUGAAUGUAGAAAAAACGAAAGUAUAUUUUUGUUUUCCCGAAUAACUGAAACGGCGCUGUUGUAACACAAUGCUGACAGAAUGAGAUUAGAAACUGCGAUAGCUAUCUUGUUUGUGGUUGGUCAAUUCACAGGUGUGUAUUUGGAUUUUUCUCAUGUGAAACAUCAUGCUAGCAGGCAAAUGAAGAAAAACAAACUUCCAUUACAUGAACGCACAACCGAAUUUUAUCGGAUUCCAGUAACGGGCGAAGAUGAGUUAUCAACUCCGGUUGAAAAUAGUGACGUCAGAGAUAAUGUAAUGUUUCCGAGGUUGUAUAAGCGAGAACUAAAUCAAAAGAAUCCGAGAAAACGCGUUUCAUCUGAUUAUAGGCGUUUAAAACGCGUGCGUAAAAGUCAUUUAUCAACAAAACAGUUUUUAAAAGACACACAUACGCGCAUUAAGAAAACCUUAAGACAAGAUGGACGAAGAAGAACCGAAAUAUUGACUCCGAAAUUUCACGUUAGUAUAAUUGACCGAUAUCCAUACAGAGGCUUCCUCAAGAAGAAACUCAAAGAUGCGAAUGCCUCACGACGUUCGAAUUUCAUUUUUGCGAACGAUAACGACAACGAUGUAGCAGAAGAAUUCGAAGAAGGUUCUGACGCAAACAGCGAAAUUAAACCGAAUAUGUUGGAAGCUGUUAAGCAUUUUUCAAGUAUUCCUCAACGCGUUUUGAAGGAAACUGAAAGCGAGCAUUUAUUGGAUGAAAACAUGCCGUCAACACGUGGCUUACCCGUGCUACAGACAAUAUAUAAAAAACAACAGAAAAAGAAACGACUGACAAAACUAUUUGUCCGAUUUAUGAAGGAUAUGACGCAGAAAUUGAAAAUCGACCCUUUGACUGUUGCAGAUUUGUUGGUUAGUGACAAGAAAGUGAAAAGAUCUGCCGGACAAUAAGUUCAGUUAGUUGUACGUCAAUCAGAGAAAGUUUCUUUACUAAGGCCGACAUAGUCAAUCGAGAUUUCGCAAGUUUAGGAAGAUAUGAAACAUUAGGUGCCGUAGCAUCAAUGGUAACAUGCAACCGUUUUACCGUUUCUUAGCUAUCUUCACUGAACAUUGCCCGUUGCAUAAGAACUUGGAAAACGUUUACGUUUGUGACAAAAAUGAGCGUCAGGUGGAAAUACAAAUAUCGUUAUUACACUGAAAGAGUUGUUUUCGUUUGCUACCUUAACAAAAGAAAUUUUGUAGACCUUAUUUUUUGCGAUUUUAGACCCCAUUCGCAAAAUUAAGUUCCGCAAAGUCGCACUUUUCAAAACAAACCCCAAAAGUUCCAUAAAAAGUAGUAACAAGUUGAUUAAUAAAAUUUUUGUUAAAGCUCAAAAAU